CUCCUGUUCCUGUGCUUCGGUUACCACAGAAACCAGUGAGCUUGUGCGCGCUUCCGUGGCCAAACUAACAACAGUCGUUUUGUACGGUGACUGAAUACUCAUAAAUCGAGUAAACAGUUUUAUUUCUCCAAAACACGAGGUUUGUUAAAAUGCGGCGCCCAAAGUAUUUCACGCCGACGGAGGUGUCCGUUCACAACACUCUCAAAGACAUAUGGGUGUCGUACCUGGGCAAAGUGUACGAGCUGACACCGCUGCUGGAGGAAUAUAAAGGUGAUGUGUUAUUGAAACCUAUCACAGAGUGUGCAGGAAAUGACAUCAGUCACUGGUUUGACCCAAAGACAAAGGAUAUUCUUACCCAUGUUGACCCAUUGACUGGCUGCAUUAAAUACUACACCCCUAGGGGGCGCUUUUUACACACACCCCCUCCCUGCCCUCACACUGACUGGCCCAAUGACUUCGGGAAGCCGUGGUGGAAGGAUAACCGCUACGAGGUUGGGUUGCUGUCUGCCAGAACACGCUGGAUCCGCAUUAUCAACACUCUUACCUCCCAAGAGCAGAAGCUGGAGGUUUGCUCUGAGGAGACUCUGGAUGAGAUUCUCCAGCGAUACCUGCGCUACAAUUUCCACGCGGCAAGCUACACCUGGAAGCACAAUGGCGUAAAUUUGGACAUGAGCAAGACCCUGAGUGAAAACGGCAUCCCUGAAGAGGACGAGUUUUACUGCGGAAGCCCGGACUGUGACCUCUUCUCUCCAUCCAUAUGUCUGUAUUUCAACGACGACCUCACUGAACUCUAAACGCAUGCUAUUAAUAUGAACAAUGGCAUAUAGUUCAUUAGAAUAUCACAUCCGCUGCGAGCCAAUCUGAGCCACAUCAACUAUUCAUGUGUUCAGUGUCUCAUCGAUUCCUGUCUCUUAUUGCAGCUCUCUGGGCUUCAUCCAAUCAAAUGCUGAGCAACAGAAUAAAAAGAUGAAUGCCAGCCUACAUAAUAAACCCCUGAACCAUAAAGUCUGGUGGUUGCCAUGGUAAUUGUUCAGAGGAAAUGCAGCAGCUACUGUACUGUAGGCCACAGCGGGCUCUCGACCCUAAGUAGCAUGAUAUAUGCAUGCAUGUACACAGAAAUGAUUUCAUGCAGCCAACAUUUCAAUUUAAUUACGUCUGCAAACGUGCAUCUUUUUGGUAAGCAGUUCCAAUUUGCUUGUGCACCGUGUACUUGGUCUAAUUAAUUUUUUGGGAUCGUUUUUGUUCUGUGUGCAUGGCAAAGAACAUCUAGAACAUCAGUGGUUCUCAUCCAGGGGUCUUGAGAUUGCUUAAAAUGAUUUAAACCGAGACCAAACAUGCACCAAACAGCUUAAACUCAAGAUGUGAGCUGAUGUCACAUUUCUCGUUUUAAUUCAGUCCCUCAACAUCUGUUUCUAUGAUCUUGAGAAACCUGGAUUUAUGUGGAAUCUUAAGUGGGAUUUCAAGACCUGGAAAAGUCAUGGACGUUUCUAUAACGGAUAUACAUUUUUGUAGUUGUA